AUGGCUCUCGCUGAUGCGAUGCUGCCGUCGAUUACUACGUUUUCCAGCAGUAAGACUAUGGAGGAAAGACAGUCUGCAAUUGUCCAUGUAAGUGUACUUUUUUCCCCCGAUGUAAUUUCUUCAACAGAAACUAGCUUAAAAUACAAAGUUGAUAACAUAGUGUGCAAUUUAAGUCUAUAGCUUGCUUUUCUUUUGUUUAUUUAGCCAUUGUCAUUUGCACGAGAUAAAUGUACCCACUGGGCAAAAACUGUUUGAAUCAACGUUGUUUCCACGUAAUUUCAACCCAAAAAAUGCAAUGUGAUGACGUUGAAUCAGCGUGGAAAACUGAUUGGAUUUGAAAAAAGCAAUUAACCUAAGGGAAUUUCGUCAAUUUCCCACCCAACUUUUAACCUAAAUCCAAAUACGUGGUGACAAUUUUGGUUGAUUUCACGUUGAAUUCACAUUUCACGUUGAAUUCACGUUAGUUGACUCAAACAAAGGUAAAUCAAAACUUACUUAUCUGUCCAGUGGGUAUAGCCUAUAUAGGCUACACAAAGAAAAAUCAACAACUGUUUUGGAAAGAGGUUCUUGACUGAAACAAUAUUUAAAUGCCAAUGUCGUUUUAUUUACAUUAUAGGACUGGAAAGUAGAUGGUUGUAAUACCAGAACAACAGGUGAUGACUUGAGAUCCCAGAUCGAAGUGGAGCUCAGUAUCGUUGAAUCACCUGCAGUGACCAGAGAUGAAGAUGACCUGGGGAAAUUCUUGGAUUUAGAGUUCAUUUUAUCCAACACCAUUGGAUCUGAAAGUGGAACCAACAACAAUAACAACUCAUCUCAACAGUCGUGCUCAUACUCACUGCCUGAGUCGCCGGAAAGCUGCAGCACAGGGCAUGACAGUGACGGUUCUCAGCUCACACCCAACGCUUAUGGCAGCUAUAACUUCAACACAAGUCCUGGGCACAGUCUGGUAGCCGAGCUGCUAACCCCAGAGAUGAACUAUCAGAGCGACACACUGCUAGACUACAGGCUGAAGCGUCCUGCCACGGACAGGCGGGAGUACACUGAACUGCGUGCUUUGAACAUAGCCACUGCCACUCCAGUCCACUUACAAGUGACCAACUCUCAUCCCAUGGGAUACAAAAUAAAGACAGAAAACACUGAGCAGUCGUGCAUGAUGGCAGGUGACUUCAUAGGACACAUGUAUGACGAGAAACACAUGCUUUCCAUGCACACAGAGUUUGCGCACCAUCAACCUGCUGUUCAGGGGUUUGUACCUCACGGCAUGCAACAGAAUGUGUCCCGAGAUCGGAUGGGGCGCAAAGACUGUCACUUGGCAGAGAUGAACUCUCAUCACCAGCAUUCUCACAUGGCACACCCGCAACAGUAUGAGCCAUAUCCACCGCAGUACGCGCAUCACCAAGGUGCGCAACAGUAUCAUGGACAGUACAGGAUGUUCAGGGAGCCCAUACGGGUGCACCACCCGUCCAUGCCGGGGGUGAUAUUGACCCCACCAUCUUCGCCACUUUUGGAGUUCUACGCGCCAGAAGAUGGCAAACCCAAACGGGGCCGCCGGUCAUGGGCGAGAAAGCGCACGGCGACGCACAGCUGUGAAUUCCCAGGAUGUGGGAAGACUUACACCAAGAGUUCCCAUCUAAAGGCUCACAUGCGAACACACACAGGUAAUUGCACAUUUAAUUUACUAUAUAACCUACAUGUUCUUCUGUUUUGUUGGAAUCUAUCUGCUAUGUUUUCAAAAAAUAAUUACACACACUAGCCUAUUAUGCACAAAAAUCUAACUGUAUUGUCCUUGUAAUCCACAGGUGAGAAACCGUACCAUUGCAAUUGGGAAGGCUGCGGUUGGAAAUUUGCUAGGUCUGACGAGCUGACUCGUCAUUAUAGGAAGCACACCGGUCAGAGGCCUUUCCAGUGCCACCUGUGCGAGAGGGCCUUCUCGCGCUCAGAUCACCUCGCACUGCACAUGAAGAGGCACAUGUAAACAGAGACAGUUGGAUCUGACUUUGAACGUUCUAUUUUUGUAUCAUGGCAAUAGACUGGACAUGACAUGUAAAUGCUUGUACAUACUAUUAUUCUCUUCUAAAUUAUGGUAGUACAAUAUUUAAGGAAAAGGAGAGCCUUUCUUGCUUACUCUUCCAUUUAAAUUAUUGAGUGUUGGUGACUGCUGAUGGUUGCUAUUUUGGCUUUUGAAAUAAAACACUGAACAAGGGCUGUAGCCUACCCAAUAUUCUUUGUACAUAUGCCUACAUGUAAAUGGACAUUUGAUUUCUAUCACUUACGCCUACUGCAUAACUUUGAUAUUUUGUUGCUGUUUACAAGAAUCACCAGAAUUUCUAUGGUUUUCUAUAGUAUUUACAAUAAAACUAUGCACAUUUCAAAACAUUUUUUUAAAUCUUCUAUUUAAUUGUUUGAAUACUUAGGCUUAUUAAGCUUCUCAAAGUGCUCUUAAUUAAAUGAGGUACUAAACACUGCCUUUCAAUGUUUCAUACAUUUUGUAUACAAAAUGAUGCUAACGUUGUAAGGAAAUAUUCUCCCAAAACUGUACUAGAUAUACUUGAAGCUCUGGGCAAAAUAUUUAAAAACUUGUAAGGGCAAUGCAUUUUCACUCUUG